CGACACUUCCGCUUCAAAAGAGCGAUGCUGAGUCGAGUGGGAGGUCUCGAGUUGGACAUCUGUUGCAGCGGCACAAUGGCCGCAUUAAGAACAGCAAAACAGGAGCUGAGGAAAGAAAUAAAGCGACGGAUUGCAGCGUUGAGUGAGGAGGAGAAACGACAACAGUCUGUAGUUGUUUCACAAAAGGUCAGAAGUUUGCAUGACAUUGAGACACUGCCUCUAACUUCAUGGAACAUUCGACAGCCUGAAGAUGAUGACAACAGCCGAGAGGAAGCAUUCUUUGGAGGACACACGUGAUUUGGGGAGCAGCUUAAGUGACGGACUGAUCCACUUUUGCUGUGUGAAGGAGAUCUUUGCUCUUUGCUGCAAUUAGACUGUACAAUAAGCAAUGUUAUCACACCUACCUGUACAUCACGCACACACACUCACUAGAAUCAGUUGUAAAACUAGCCACUAGCUACUUUUGUUUCUGCAAUCAAAGCAGAUGAAGCAAUUUCCCUCUGUAAAGUUUUGGAAUCUCGAAUAGAAGAGGGCUCGUUUCCAUCUUGGUGAAGAACAGGGAGGUCUGAGGAUCACAAACAACAAGACAAAAAUCAAUAAUAAUAUGCACUUAUGUUAGCGUUACAUCUAAUUAUGCUACUGUAGCAAGAUGGUUUUUAACAGGAAAUUUAUUGUCAGCACUAAGAUGCAUACAUUUUGUUUGCUAUUCUACAGCAUUACAACAUGAUAGAUGGUAAUACUUUAAUUAAUUACAGAUAAAUAUGUCUAGUCUGCCCACUGUAUGGUGUAAGUGUCACAUGUCUGAACAGUUAGUCAGUUCAGGUUCAUUAACAAAUAUUUGUAUUUUUGUGUAAACAAAAAUAUUGUAUUCACUUACUUUCCUGCAUGUAGAUGAUAAAACACCUGUUUGUUGGAUGGUCAGGAAAGACAUCAUCAUGAUGCUGGACAAUAAACGUAAUACUCAGUUAGCAACUGUAUUAUUAAUCCACCUAAAAUGACUUAAUUAACAAGGUAACAGUGCUUAACUUCUGUGAAGCAGACGCCCUACUAGUUCUCUCCAUGUUUUACUUUUAUCAAUUGCUUGGCACUAGAACAGACAUCAACUAGAAAGCCAGUUAAGAAACAGUUAUGCUUAAGAUAGCUAACUUUCCACAGGUACAAAGAAGUAACCUUCACCCGUAGAGUAGCUGUGUGUGAAUCUAAACAUAAGUAUGCAGACACAUGUUGUAGCUUCCUCCAAGUUAUUCACAGAAAUACAUCCGACGUCUCAGUCCAGAAGUGCAGCCCUAGGAGCAGCAAGGAUACUGCGCAGAACCCUUAAGCUUCCUGGCCUCUGGUAGAGUACCCGAGCUUGGAAAAUGGAUGAGACUACCCGCAGAGGGUCUGAACUCUCUCAGCCAAAUAAUAAACAAGACUGGCUACGGAUACUGGCUAUGGAUACCGACUCCGGAAUGGAUGACAUCAAGCUGUACGCCAAGAGUAAGCGAGACAUCGACUCGCUGAUUGACACCACCAGGAUCUACAGCUCGGACAUCGGGAUGUCAUUCGGGCUCGAGAAAUGUGGGAGGAUGGUGACAAAGAGAGGCAAGGUAAUCCACACAGAAGGGGUCUCACUCCCAGAAGGAACAAUAGCAGACAUUGAGGACAGUUACAAGUACCUUGGAAUACCACAGGUGAAUGGCAACCUUGAACAGGCAACAAAGAAAGCGGCAACAGCCAAAUACCUCCAACGAGUAAGGCAAGUCCUAAGAAGCCAGCUCAAUGCCAAGAACAAAUCCCGGGUAAUAAACAGCUACGUUCUGCCAGUGAUCAGAUACCCUGCGGGAAUAAUAAGGUGGCCAAAGGAAGAGAUACAGACCACAAAUGUUAAGACACAAAGCUCCUCACCAUGCAUGGAGGGUUCCACCCCAAAUCCAGCACCCGGAGACUGUACGCUAGCCGCAAGGAAGGAGGCCGAGGACUAGUGAGCAUGAGAGCCACUAUCCAGGAUGAAACAUCCAAGAUCCAUAGGUACAUCAAGGAUAAGGCCCCCAACAGAUGACGUGCUGAGUGAAUGUCUCAGGCAGUGGAGAACAGAGGAUGAGAUGCUGGAAGAGGGACCAUGAUGGGAGGACAAGCCCUUACACAGGAUGUUCCACCAGAACAUAACUGAAGUGGCUGAUCUCAACAAAUCCUAUGUUGGGGGACCUCAUCUGUAUAAUCUGUUAUUAACAAUUAUUAUUAAGGUCCCACAUGCUCAAACAAAGGAGGUACUGCGGUCUGCAUGUAAUGUCUUCAUCCUGAUAGUAGUGAGUGAGAACAAAGAGAUUUCAAAUCUGAGCGCAGGCUGGGGAACCAUACUUGGCUCCCCCGCUGAGACAUCCAACUCCUUGCUGAUACAAGCGACAAAUGGAGGAGGAACCUGGACAUCAGGACCAAACAAUAGGACGGGCAUGACCGAAAACAUGGUUAUAAAAGCUGCCGUGACCAAAGACCCUUGUUUUCUCCACGAAACGCUGGAUGUUCUCACCUGGAUCGAGCAACCCUUGCUCUCCUACUUCUCUCCGCACGCUCCCUUCUUUCUCCUUCCUUCUCUCACUCUCUCACUCACUCUCUCACACACACACACACACACACACACACACCCCUCUUAUCUCAGGUAACGCGCAUACACAUACAGUAUUUCCAGACGAACACACCAUACGAUUAAUUGUGAUUUGCUGAGUUAUCCAAGAUAGUGUUGACACUGGAGUUAAUAUUAAUUGUUUAAUAAAUCGUUCAUAAUUUAA